CGAAGAGCCCUGGCCGGAGGAAGGCUGCGGAGUGGCUCUUGAGGGCGCGAGGAGGUCGAGGAUGGGAAGGCAGAGGCGGACUCAGGGAGGAGGAGAUGCUGGGCAGGAGAUGAAUUAAGAUGCAGCACACAACCUGCACAGAAGACAGGAUCCACCAUGCACUGGAGAGGUGCCUCCAUGGCCUCACCAAAAGUGGUAUCAUCUCUGCUAGCACUUGGACAGCUGGACUUUGCCUGAAUUGUUGGAGUCUUCAGGAGCUGGUUAGUCGGGAUGCAGGGAACUACCUCAUCCUCCUGGAGAAAAUCCUCCAGAAGACCCAAGAGGUCCAAGAGAAAUGUGACUAUGAUCUCUUUGUUCCAUUGGCCCUACUGUUUGGUGCAGCUGUUCUGUGUAUUCCCCAUUUUCCUUCAGACUCUGACCUGCUUCUGAGGGCCUUAAGGACAUACCGUGACUUCCUCACCUGGCCUGUGCCGUACUGUGAUAUAUGCCAGGAGCUACUGACUUUUAUCAGCAAUGAACUCAAAGCUCCAGGGAUUUCAUAUCAAAGGUUGGUCAGGGCCGAGCAGGGGCUGCCUGCAAAGACCUGUGAGUCUUCGAUUGUAACAGUCCUGUUGUUGAACCCUUCAGAGGUUGAUGGGGAAUUUCUAUCGGUUGCAGAAAAGUUGAGCACCGCUGAGAAUUCCCAGUCCACCUUACUGGUGACACUGCUGGAACAUAUCUACCAAACAAACUUUGGGACCAGAUGUGACAUGGGAAGCUUGCAUCAAGUACUGAAGUUGAAGCCUGUGGAAGAGCUCAUGGACCUAUUUGCCAGCACCACUGAAGCCCAAGAGUUGGCAGCUGUGACUAACGAUGACCCUUCCACAGCCAGGGAAAAACUGGAGUCUGCCUUGCUGGAGAUUGCAAAGACAGCUGGGCUACCUAUAAAUACAGAGGAAGCCCAGCCAAGUAAGCUCCGCCUGAUCCCCCUUCCUGUUGCUCGUUGUUACACCUACAGAUGGGAUACAGAUAAUUUUGACAUCUUGCAUGAGGUACUAGACAAAGAAGGGUACUAUCCAAAACCCGUGCUGUUAGAAGAUGAUGAGGAAGUUGACAGUUGCUUUCCAGAAAGAGAUUCUUUGUUAUCAGAGGAUGACCCAUGUAACUCACGGGUGUCUGUCAUCUGCAAGGACUCUGGACUGUCCUUGGUCUCUAAAAAAUCCUUGAAGUCUUUUGUGUCUAGCCUGAAGGACUGCAUGGAUAGUGGCUACGUGGAGGACAGUGAUGAGAGCUCUCCUGAGCUGGUGGGCCGCUUGGACCCAAAGGAGGAGAAGGUGUCCCACAGACAUCGACUGAGCAGCAAGCUAUACAAGCUGUUCAAGAGCAAGAGCCAGCUGAUCCUGGGCAGAGAGCUGAGGGAUGUCUCUGAGGUAGCCUCGCUGUCACUGCCAUUGCGCCGGGCAGAGAGCCUCUGCAACCCCGUGCCCAGGGACCGUGUCCCCAAACGCUCCCGACGGGCACAGUCUCUUCCACAGCACGUACUGAGUGCCACACUUCUCCAGAACCAUGUGCCUCAUAAUUCCUGUGUCCAACGCAGGCCUUUCCUGAGCAGUGAUGAGGAUACUAAAAUUUCAACUCUGCGUGUGGUUGUGUUUGGUUCUGACCGCAUCUCAGGGAAAGUGGCACGAGCUUACAGCCAUCUUAAAUCUCAAGAAAGCAGCUGCCCCUGGCUGACUCGGUAUUUCAGGCUGCAAUUUUACUAUGUUCCUGUGCGGAGGAAUGGCCCUACCUCAUCUAUACUGACCCACCUGCCUCCUUCUCCAGGAGAUCCUCAUUUCCGCACCUCUGGGACAACGGUUCUUAGUUUGGCAGGGAUGGAGAGCAGCACAAAUGAUAUCUCCCUGUACAUAGGUAUGCUGGAUCCAUGGUAUGAACGGAAUGUUCUUGGGCUAAUGCACCUUCCAACAGAUGUUCUGUGCCAGCAAUCAAUCAAAUCUGAAGGUGAACCUUUAGAGGAAACAGCAGAGCAGCUUCCUAUCCUUGCUGACAUGAUCCUUUAUUACUGUCGCUUUGCAACCCACCCGGUAUUACUGCAGGUCUACCAGACAGAGCUCACCUUCACUGGGGGAGAGACAAGGACUGAGAUCUUCAUUCACUCCUUAGAGCUGGGCCAUUCAGCAGCCACGCGAGCCAUCAAAGCUUCAGGUCCUGGAUGCAAGCGGCUGGGCAUAGAUGGAGACAGAGAGGCAAUCCCACUAACACUACAGAUUGCUUACAGCAAGAGAUCAGUCAGUGGAAGGAGCCGGUGGAAUGACACUGAGAAAGUUUGUACAUCCGUCAACCUUAGUAAGGCAUGUAAGAGACAAGAAGAACUUGGUCCAAAAACAGAAUGUUUGACUCUCACUGCAACAGAGGUAAUCAAGAGACAGAGCUCAAAAUCUAAGAAGAGUUUCAAUCAGAUUGGUGUGUCUCAGAUGAAGGUGGACAAGGUCCAGAUCAUUGGGGUCAACUGUUCCUUUGCUGUGUGUCUGGACCAGGAUGAGCGGAAGAUUUUGCAGAGUGUAGUCAGGUGUGAGGUCUCUGCCUGCUACAAACCUAAGAUCAGCGAACCCUCCAUUGGAAGAAAAGCCACUUUGUUUUCCCCUUCCCAAGAGCCCUCUGAUUUCUGCUCUCUUCUAUGUUUGCCCAUUGCCACCUUCAGUGGAGCAUUGCCUUAGAGAACACAGAGGAGAUGGACUGUGAACCACAUCAAGUUCUUCCCAGUGCAGAUCAGUGUUGAUAUCAGACACCUCAUGGAUAAAGACUAGCUGCCAAAAGAGAGAAAUCGGGGUAACUGUGGAUGAGUCAUGCCCCUUCCCUAGUUUAGGUGGCCUGGAUUCAACAAGAUAAUGGGCAGGUAAGCCCUCCCAGAUCUGGAAAAUGAGGACUUGGCACUUCGGGGAUGAAAGGACUUUUCUUAUGAGGGAAAAUAAUGCCCAGUGUCCCUCUCUGUGCCCCCCCCCCAUGAACAUUGUGGGAGUAAAGGUGGGGGAGAGAGAGCAGAUAUUGGAAUAAAGGUGAUGUGGAAAACAUCUGAACAGUGGGAAAGGGGCAGAAGGAGGAGCUAACUGGCCAGUUUGUGCUAAAAUGCUAAGAGACUUUGUGUAGGGAAUGGAGAUAAAUCAGCACAUUCUUUUCACCUUUUAAAAAAGGAUGUGUUUGAUGUGAGUGGUAACAUCUCAUCCCACAAACUAAUCCAAAAUGUGAGAGUCUCUCUGUGUUCAUUUCUUUUAAAAAUACAGUCAGAAUUUAAUCCAGUUUUUGACUUCAUGGUUUGCUACCAUUCAGAAAUUUCAGCUUGUACUCCAGCUUUUUUAAAAUUUUGAUAAAACAAUGUGAAGGGCAUUCAUUUAUAUUCAGAGUCAUAGCAAGCAGAGUUUAUAUUAUGGGUUGAGAAGGGAAAGGCAGCAAGGUGGACCAAGCACUCUGUUUGUCCCAUUCUCUACCAAUUCCUUGCCUGCAUGCACUGACUGAAAUGGAAGGGCAGAUUGGAAUAGUGAAUGACAAGGAUCCCAUCUCAGUGGGAUGGCAAUUAUAAUUGGCAAUAAAUAUUAGACAAACCGUAGUGUUUUUCUGUAUUAAAGGGAAAAACACUGAAAAAUAAAACACUAUGACCUGGUGGGUGGGUGCCUGGCCUGUCUCAUUGGUGCUUCUGUUGUGUGUGGCUUUUUAAACUGCACUGUGAUACUGAGUUGUCAUGCCAAAUGAAUAUCUGGAAAAUAUGAUGCACUUCUGCUUUGGCAGGAAUUAUUCCAAGGCAAUCUAUGUUUUUUGUUCUGUGGAUGUAAAAUAAUAACCUGAAGCUCCCUCUUCUACUCAAGAGAAAGAUAUACAUUGAGUCCAGAUUGCUGCAGCCUCCAUGAGUAACCACAGGCUUAUCAGCAGGGCUCAUAUCCUAUAAGCCAGAGGUGGGAGAGGAACUCUAGAUGUUUUGCACUCCAGGUUUCAUAGUCUCAAACCAUCAACCAUGCUAGGUGGAGCUGUUGGGAGCUGAAGUCCAAAAUAGCUGAAUAAUCAGAUGUUCCCAUCCUAUCGCUGACAGGCCCUAUAAGGACCAGAUCCAAUUGUAGCAAUAUCACAAAGCCAUCCACAGUGCAAUUGUAGUGUAAUUAAUCUGGCCCUGGAUGUUUAUUUGUCUAUGCAAAUUGUGUAAAUUACCACAGAGGAAUGAAGGGUGUUUUCUGCUUUUAAGUCCCACCUAUUAGAGCAAAACAAGUAGAUCUGUAUCAAGAAACUGUUGUAGAAUUUAUGAAUGAAAUCUGUAAAUAUCAGCUAAAGAAGCCUCUAUAUAGAACUCAGAGAAAACAAUUGUAGCUUCCUUUGCACUAUACUGAGGAUAUGUAUUGUUUUUGAAGGAAUCCAAUAAACAAAAUCUGGCUAAGAAAUCUAGAUAGCACUAGGUCAUUUUAAUCACCAUUUUACUUGAAUUAAGCUGUUUAUUAAAAGCUUUUAAAUAUUAUAGUAGAAUAUGAUGUUUACUUGUUUUUAAGGAAGAAUAUGCACCUAAAGAACUUACUAUUCAGGGUGGGCAGGACUGACCAAGGAGUAUUUGAAAUUCCUGUUUGGGAAUCUGCAGUGAGUUAGUUUGUUCAAAAUAUACACAUACAUACACAUCACUGUAUUAAUCAAGUAAUAGUUCCCAAUCCCUUUCUUCUGGAAAAAGAGAGAAAAACUUGAAAUUUCACUUGAUUUAGCAUGAUUCAAAGGUCAAAUGCAAUGCAGCUUACUCAAAAUAUCUACAGGAAAGAAACUUGUCACACAUUUCUCCCCAGAAAAACUAACUUUGUUUUACACACAAGCCAGGGGAUACCACAAAGUGUUGACUUAAUAACUGUAUGAGUAAGUGUGAAUCCCUUUGCUUUCCUUCCUCAGCCAGCAGAACCUAAUUGUCUCUGGUUUGAAUUGAAAUCUUACACCCUUCUUCUCUCUCAGGGCUAUCCUUAUGCCCUAUACAGGUAACCUGGCUGUAAAGUAAUUUGCAACAUGAGGCAUUGUGGAUUUCAGAUUGCUGUAUGUAAGAUUUUGGGGAGUGGGGAAUGUACACACUGUAUUUCUGCAUCUUCCCCACUUCUCCCCCUCCAAAUAUCAGUGUAAUUUUGUGUCUUGGAGCAUUUUCAUAGCAUGUACAAAAGCUGCCUCGGGGAGUUAAACUGUACAUAUUUAGCCAUGUAAAUUUCCAUCUCAUAAUUUUAUUAAAUAUUGUUAAGAAAGGUUUUAAUUGAAAUUGUAAAAUUAUUUGUAUAAUA